CGGAAGUACGUCAUUUAUACUACCGUGGUGAAUAUAGGCUUUCGAGUCCAUCUCACUGGAGAAAUCUUGAUUUUACAAAUCUUGAUAGAGCACGUUCGACCCUUUUCCCGAAUCCGACAAGUCUCUGCCCUGGCCAGAUAAAAAAAUGCAUUUGUGGUUCCGUGUGUUGCUGUGUAGCGUGAGCCUGGCCUGCGCCUCCCUGACCAACUCCAACCUGCUCUCGUGUGUCAUCUUCGGAGGUCUGGUCUUCUACAUCUCCACGCCCACUCUCCUGACAUUUUUUGGCUUCACUAAAGCUGGAAUCCCACGUGGCACCGUCGCGGCCUACCUGAGCUCCAAGGCCUCCAGGUACAAAAUCGGCGUCGGCUUCGUGGCGACCCUCCAGUCUGUGGGUGCCUCCGGGAUCGGGUUCAAAACCCUGGUGGUCGGCGGCCUGUUUGGGGCCCUCAUGUAUCACAUGAUAGAGUACCUGUAUUGAUCACGUGACCGCCAGCCGACCGUGAUGAUUGGUCGCUUGGUAACCUACAGCAGUUGACAUCUAUACAUCACGACACACAGAUAUAUUUGUUUAGCUAAAUAUUAUUACAUAACCUAUAUGCAUACAAGUAUAUAUAUAUAUAUAUAUAUAUAUAUAUAUAUAUAUAUAUAUAUAUAUAUAUAUAACAUACAACAUAUAACAUAUAUAUACAAUAUACAUAAUUAUGUGUAUCAGUCAAAGUGAUCCUAGUUUAUGUGAGGCGACUUUGUCUACCAAUGAUAUCAUCCUUUAGCAUAAGCCCAUCCACUACCCACAGCUUAAACUUACACUAUUUCCAGUCUCGCAUCACAAUUUGAGUUUGAUACACACAUUUUAAGACCAUCCAGUUUUUUAGUUUACUUUAUUGACUUGUACAAAAAUAGCGAAACAAAACUUUGUCGAGGCUAACACUGACUACACAGAAGCAACGGUAGACGAUUGGUCAGGUUAAGGCCUGGUUAAGUGAAGAGUUGAAAUAUUUCAUUAGUGGGAAACGAAACAUUGUUGCUUCAUACCAAAGUGUAACCUUACAAUUUGCAUAUCUCAUAUUUUCCAACAUGUUUUUCAUACAAAUAUUUGUUUAAUUUAUUUUCUUUGUGUAUUUGAAUUAAUGAAAUAAUUAAUUGAACGACCUCUAAUGGGUUGGUAUUUAUUUUUUUUAAAUAUUAUUUUGAAACAUUUUGAAUAAUGUUAUAGAUAUAUUGAGGUUUAAAAUACUGUGUGAAUCUUUAUAAUUUAAACAUUUUUCUUAAAGU